AUGGGAGGUGACACCAGAUCGCUGGUGGCGGCGGCGGCGGCUCUGUCGCGCCAGGCGGUGCAGCUCACCGGCUUGGCUGCCGCCCGCAGUUCCUACCGCGCCUUCUGCAAGGGGCUCACUCGCACGCUGCUCACCUUGUUCAACCUGGCCUGGCAACUACGCGCCAACUUUCCCUACUUCUACGUCAUGACCUCCGUAGUGUUCAACGUCCGCCUGCAGGUACAUGUUUAA